AUGACAGGAGCCCGAACGCGGCGCAACGGAUCGCCCGGCCCCGCCCGGGCCGGCCCACCCACCCGGCCAAGAGGGACCGCGCGGCCGCUGAUCCCGCGCGGGGCCCGCUGCUGCCGCCUAGCGCGCGGCCGCUCUGGGCGACACCGACACCCUGCAGGUGCACCAGCAGAGCCCUGCGGCCCGCCCGCCUUUUACUACGGGCUCUUCCGAGGAUGUAAAGUGCGACAGUGUGGGCUCGGGGGCCGCCAGUCCCAAUUCAAGAUCUUCCCACACCUGGUGAAGGAACUCAAUGCAGGCCUCCACGUGACAAUUCUGCUGCUCCUCUUCUUGGCCUUGGCCCUGGCUCUGGUCAGCAUGGGCUUUGCCAUUCUCAACAUGAUCCAGGUUCCAUAUAGGGCAGUCAACGGCCCUGGGGGCAUCUGCCUAUGGAAUGUCCUAGCAGGUGGAGUCGUGGCAUUGGCCAUCACCAGCUUCAUGGCUGCGGUCAAGUUUCACAACCUCACCGAGCGCAUCGCCAACUUCCGGGAGAGGCUCUUCCGCUUCGUGGUGGUGGAGGAACGGUACGAAGAGUCCUUUUGGAUCUGUGUGGCCAGUGCCUCGGCCCACGCCGCGAACUUGGUCGUCGUGGCAAUCAGUCAAAUUCCACUCCCGGAGAUUAAGACCAAAAUCGAAGAGGCCACGGUCACGGCUGAGGAUAUCCUGUAUUGAUGGCCCUCUGUGGCUCACACCCUCUCCUGAGUCAGUUCCGCAGUGUGAAUGGAGACCUCAUUUCGUCGAGGCUUUGCAGUCCAGAGCGCCUGUGUUCUGGAAGGUAAGAAGAAGUGCAGGGAGGAAGGGCAGUGCCUGGACCAGAAAAGAAAGCUUUCCUGAACUGCUGGCAUCUCUGCCUUUCCCUCUCACUGACCUUGGAGUUAGAGACUCUGCUACUUGCCAGCUGGGUGGACACUGGACAAUUCACUUAAUGUCUGCCUCUCACUUUCUUCAUCUGUAAAAUGGGGGUAAUAAGAGCUCGCAAGCUUGUAAUGAGGUUUAAAUUGGCAAUAUUGUUGCCAACCUUUGAAUCAAUAUAUAUAUCUGUGAUUAGAACGUUCUCCACAUAUAAGGUAAUGAACACUCCAAUAAACGCCUAUCGACCCCUGCUCUGUUCCACACAAUAUUGGGGGGGAAGUAAAGAGGCAUAUGGCAACACCCCUGUCCUCCAGAAACAUUUAAUCCUCCCACACGACAGGCAUCAGAUAGCAACAAUAACACUAACAAUGAAAAUAAGUGCCUUUCUUUUUUCUUUAGUGGUUACUACAUACUGGACACUGUUCUAAGAGUCCUACAUAUAUUGGGUCCUCACUAUAAAUUCAGAUUGUGGGUACUACUUUAUUUCCAUUUUAUAGAUGAAGAAACUAACAUAUCCAGAGAUUAGGUAACUUGCUGAGGUCAAGAAUUCAGUUGAGGAAGUCUGGAACCGAAGUUUAUGUUUGUAACCCCUUUGCUAAUGUGCCGUUUGAUGGUCAAGCAGUUGGAAUGCGAUGUGAUAAAUGCUGUGACAGUACAUGCAUGAAGGACCGAGGGAAGGAAUUAAGUCUCCUGCAUGGGAUGUGGUAUUAAAGAAAGUAUCACAGACUUGACAUUUGAUCAGAACUUUGAAAGUUGAGUAGACUUUUUCCAGUGGGGAAGGAAGCAGGUUUGGAAAAGGGCAUUUCAGGAUGAGUCAGCAAUGAGGAGGAGACACAAGGUAUGGAAUUACAAAGAGGGUCUGGAAGCAUGUGAAUACCCAGCAGAAUUAGAACGUUGUUCUAAUUCACCAGUUAGAUAAACCCAGUUGCUUUGUGUUGGGUUUCCCUUAAGCGGUACUACGAUGGUUAAUUACAUGUGCUAACCUGGCUAAGCCACUGUACCCAGAUAUUUCGUCAAACGCUAUUCUAGAAGUUUUUGUGAAGGUAUUUUUCGAGUGGGAUUAACAUUUCGAUCAGUAGACUUUGAGUAAGAGAGAUUGCCCUCCAGCAUAUGGGUGGGCCUCACCCAAUCAGUUGAAAGACUUAGGAAAAAGACUGACCUCCCUCACGGGAUUGGGAAUUCUGCCAGCAAGCUGCCACUGGACUCAAACUGCAACUCUUCCUUGGAUCUCCAGCCUGCUAGCCCAGCCUGCAGAUUUUGGACUUGUCGCCUGCACAGUCAUGUGAGCCAGUUAAAAAAAAAAAAAGUUAUCUUUCCCUCUGCCUGUCUCUCUCUCUCUCUCUUUGCACACACACGCGCGCGCGCGCGCACACACACACACACGUCCUAUUGAUUCUAUUUGUCUGGAGAAUACUUACUCAUACAAGUACAAAACUCCAUAAAUUCGCUUACCUACAAUACCAGCUGGGGUGAACCCUUUCUCAAGCUUCCUGCCUUUGUGCCAAGUAAAAAAGUGGUCUCAUCUCUUAAAUUAGGUCCAUCUAAAACGACACCCGAUUUGGACUUACUCUACCUUUGCUUAUGGCUGAGCUCCUGGAAGUUUCCCUGACAUCUUUUCUGUUCUAAUUGUUUGUGAUUCCCUGCCUGGGCCCAUCUAUCUCUUCCAGCCCUCUAUCCCCAUCCCACACAUAGCCUCAGGACUGUUGAGAAGACUGAUGUCACUCAUCAAAUAUGCAGAUGGCACAGGGCCGGAAGGGAGAGUUAAGGUGAAAGGAGAUGGCUCCAAAAGAUAGUGACAGAGUGCAGUGCUGCGUUGGACACAAGUGGGAAUGUCAAUGUCCUACCAAGCUUACCAUCAAGUCCUGCUGACAGUUGGAAAGUAAAUCAUAUGGAAGACUGGCAACAGUUUACUAUAUGAUAAAUGUCUGAGAGUCUUGGUACAUUUAUUCAUUCAAUGAGUAUUGAAAUGGAUCCAGGGGCUGGGAGUAGAGCAGAAAACAGACGGACAAAAGUCCCUGCCAUCCAGGGAUUUCCUUCUCUGAGCACCUGGGGCUGAUUCACACCGGACGGCAUGUGACGUGCCCACUAACAACGUGAGCCCGGCCACAGCCUUCAACUUGAUCACUGAGUCAGGAGUGUGCAGACUGCCACACAGGGGCCGAGCAAAUUCACUUUUGCCGCUGCUAGUGGAAUGACCUCAUCGAGAUGCCAAACUUGACCGAGAUGGGUGUGUUCCAAGGAGUCCAAGCGCAGGCUUUUGUGAACUUUCCCAGCAACUGAUUCCAGAGCUUUCAAAGGUUUCAGAAGCAUCUGUAGCACCUUAAAAGUUUCAAACUGUGACCCAUCAGGUAGUAGCUAUAAUAUUAUCAGAGAUAAUCUGUUCAGUCUGAAAAGCAUCUCUCAGGGCUAUUGCCAAAGAGAUUCCUGUAUGGAAUUUAGCAAGUUUGGCUGAGGGAAAGAAGGGGAAGUAUAUCUGGGUUACACAGUUUCCGUGCAUGACCACUCAAACGUAUAGAGAAAAUGGAGCUCCUUUAUUUGGACAAUAGUUCAUCUGGUCAUUUUAUGAGUAAAGAGAAAAUAAUAAUAAAUGCCCAGUCCAGUUUAAAUUUAACCCAACCUGAUCAUUUAUACCAUCACUCCAGGUAAUAAUAUUCCUGAUGUCUCAGUCCAUUUGGGCUGUGAAAACAAAUUACCAUUGACUGGCUUAAAUGACAGACAUGUAUUUCUAACGGUUCUGGAGGCUGGAAUGGACGAUCAAGGUGCUGGCACAUCGAGUGGCUGGCAAGAACCUGUGUCCUGGCUUGCAGAGGGCCAGCUUCUCAUCGCAGCCUCAUUUGGCAGAGACAGCCAGAGCGUGCUCUCCUGUCCCUUCGUACAAAGGCACUAAUCUCAUUCACCAGGGCUUCACCCUCAUGGCCUAAACCACCCAAAGUCCCCACCUCUUAAUUUCAUCACCUUGGGGGAUAAGAUUUCAACUUAUGGAUUUGGGGAGAACACAAACACUCAGGCCAUAAAACAGGAUUUUCAUCAAUGACAACAUACCAAUAAAGUGUACGAUUAAUCAAAAACUUUUGAAUGGCGAGAACGCUUCCAUGUCAACUCAGAACAAGGUUAUAUUACAAAUACUCUUCUCUUUCAAGAAAAAUAUGACACUCUCUGAAAAUUGAAUUAAACAAUUCUUUACACUUCCAAAAAUGUAACGAAAAUGCUUGCUCUUUCACUGAAAAAAAGAAACUGUUUUCUAAAUUGUAAGGUUGCUGUGCAGUGUUGAUGACCAGUGAGAACGAAUGCAUGGUUUAGGCAACGUUUCCAACGUAAUCCAAAAUGACAAUGGUAUUAGUCUCCCACUGCUGCUGAAGCAACUUGCCACGAACUUGGUGGUUGAAAACAACACGCAUUUACUAUCUUAAGAGUUUUGGAGGCCAGGAGUCCACAGUGGGCCUUCCUCGGGGAAGUAAAGUUGUCUGCAGGGCGGCGUUCCUUCUGGAGGCUCUAGGGGAGUGUGUGUUUUCCUGCUUUCCCACCUUCUAGAUGCUGCCUGCAUUCCUUGGCUUGUGGCUCUUUCCAGCAAUGAUGUUCCUCCAACCUCUGCUUUCAUCAUACAGGUGACAAUUCUGAUGACUGUGACCCUCAUAUCUCCCUCUUAGAAGGAUCCUUGCAACUCCAUGGGGCCCACCCAGCUAAUCCAGGACAUCUUUGGGAGACAUUUUUCUGCCUACCAGAGCAAUGUUACCCAAAUCCAGAGUUUCUUGGUCUAACAAUAUUCCUGAAAAAAAUAAAUAAAUAAGGCUUAGAUGUAAAACAAAUGAGCAAAAUGUUGUGUUAUUAUCAGUCAACACUAUUAGAUUGGUAUCAUAAUUUAGAAAAUCCUUGCUGAAAGUGGAGAACUCACCUACAUCACCCACAUGGAGUUCAAAUACUUAUACAAUAUGUGGGGUACAUCUUUGGAAAUCAUAGAGGGGCAGAAGGAGACUAGGUAAGGCACAGGGAAUCUCAAAAGUGAACUAUGAUCUCAGGAUAUGAUGCUGGAGAGGGCCACAGCCCCUCAGAGAAGUUCCUGUGCCCAUUUUUUUUUAAGGUUUUAUUUAUUUAUUUGAGAGAGAGAGAGAUCAUAAGCAG